UUGAAUAGGAUUCAUCUAAAUGUAUUGACAAACUCAAUUUCCUUAUUAAAGCAUGUUCAGAUUUAGAUUUUUAACGGCAACAAUAACGCAUAUACCAGAAUAAUCUGCAGACAUAUCAUUUACAAAGAUUAAAAACAAAAAAGGCCCUUAGAUCGAGGAAUACCACAAGAAAAAUUGGUGUAAAAGUAAACAGUUCCUGACGCAUCAACCAGUUGCUGUGGGUCAGACUUUAAAUACCUUAAGGAUUGUUACCAAUACCAUAUAAGCUUACAAUUUCAUUAAAAACAUACUAUGGUGUACAAUAUCAUAUGCCUUUUAUAAAUCCUGCAGGGUCAUACCGACAAGAUUGUCUACAUCUUAACUUAAUACAAUCUGGCAAAUGAACAAGACAUAUGUUUCUGUUGAGAAGCCUCGUCCUUAACCAGACAAAAACUUUUAUAUUAUAGAUACUAAACGAUAGGCUCCAACUUUAUUUUAUUCUUCUUUUUUAGCCUUUUUUUUAUAAAGGGAACCUUUAGGCCAUUAGGAAACACACCUUAUAUCAGGGAUAGAUUGGUAACAUGUGUAAUUAAGGAGACAAGCUAUAAUGAGAGUACUGUUCCCGACAAAAAAUAAAGGUUAUACACCACGGAACUUUAUAACACUGAAUUUGUUCAGCAAGCAUUUUGUUGAAAGAAGAAUCUUGUAUUGUAAAACUUACAGGUUCAAUGUUAAAAGAAAAUCAAUACUUGAAACCAAUUUAUAAUGAAAAAUAUGAACACCUCAUUACAUGUUGUGUCAAUAUUUUCUAUCCCACCCCUAGUAUUCAUACAAUUUCCCUUUUUGAGAAUCUGAAGGCAAAAUAAUUUUCCUUCAAUAUUGUUUAUCAUUGUGGUCAGAAUACUCUUUGGGUUACUGAAACGGGUCCUUCAGCGAUACAAAUACGAGAUAUUGUUAAAAGUUCAUCUACAUGACACUGCUUAACAGUCAAUUCUAAUUAUGACUAGCCGGCGAUAAAUCAAAUCAGUAUGAUGGUCGUUACAUAGUUACAUACGAUAUAACCACAUGUUUUAACUUUCAUCGCCCUAAAUUGCAACAAGUGUCAACAAAAUACAGUUUAAAUAGUAAGUUUCUUAGUUUUCCACGAUCCCGGAUCCCGGGCGUUCCGGAUACCGGGAUUUACCCCCACCCUGAUACCAGUCUAAUUUAAUCACGUGAUAUCCGGUGAAAAAUUUGAAGCGGGUAAAUGUAAAUCAUAGUAAGCCGUUAAAUUCUUACUAUUUUGUUUAUUAGUGAUGUAUGCUAUUUUACUCAGCUUCUAAAUGCAGCUAUAAUUUAUUUCGACUGAUCAGUUUCAUCAAGUGAUCUGAUGUUUGAUGUGCUAACUUCUACUAGACAGCUAGAGGUGUUUUGCCAGACCCGUGUUUUGCCGUUGAAAAACGGUGGAAACUCAAAGCUAGUAUCAUGCAGACCCCAGUCAAACUAUCUGUUGAAGAGUUCAGGAGGUCAUUUUGGUCAAGGUCUCCUAGCCCCUCAAGGCCUACAAUUGCUUCGGUUUGUCAGUCUCCAACUGUUACACCUAAAAGGUCAUUUUGGACACGAUCCCCAAGUCCUCAGAGAUCAACAAUAUGCUCAGAGAAAGAUUCCUUACAGCUACCAGUGGUGUCCAAAAAGUCUUUAUGGUCAAAAGGGCAAACUUGUUCUGUGUCAACAACUCCUAAGAGAAGGCCAAAGGAACAAAUAAGUGGUACAACGGAAAAAGCACUGAAAAUUGAACAUAACAGUUUCAUAGAUUUUCAAGACAGUGUUAAAAAGUCAGAUAUUUGUACAAGUUCAGGAUGUGAUAAUGAAAUUGCAGCAAGAUGUAUUGCCAAAUAUGGCUUAGAUACGUUUAUGUGUGCUUUAAGUGCAAAUCAGCAUGUACCAGUUCUAUUUUAUGACCGCAUGAGAUAUAUCAUAAAUAUAAUAAAAGAGGUGAACAGUCAACUGAAUGAUAACAAAAUCAUUGACUUAGUAAAUGCUGUCUCUUGCAUCAAAUCAGAUUGGAGUAUGGAUGAAAGCAAUUUCAAAAAAAUAUUGUGGAAAGCAUCUUUUAAGCACAAAGAACCUUAUUUAAACUUUAUUGUGCCAAAGGUGACUCAGUGCAUAUGGAAUGAAUGUAAUGGAAAUGUUUAUCCUAAAUGCAAGUCUGGAGUUACAUUGUAUAAGAUGACUGGACCUGAACCUGCUCUGAAAUCCACACUGCGCUGUAGGUCAUGCUCCAUACAUUACAACGUAAAUUUCUUCACUGUUCCAAAUGUUGGAAGAAAACUGUACACUGGAAAUAAUGUCUCUGAUCUGAAGAAUUCAUCCACAUGGUCAUACUUCAGUCAGUAUGCAUUUGAAUUUAUGUGCGAAUCAGGGAAUCAUGCAUUUGUGUCACAUAAAGCAUUUGCAGAGAUAUACAAUAGUGUGUUCAAUGAGGAAAGAAACCAGGAAUUUUAUAAAUGGCAAAAGCUAUUUUCCUCAAAACCAAGUUUGGAAGAGUCACAAGAGUCAGAGCAUGAUGCUGAUGAUUUAGACUCAGAAGUUCUCUUUAGCAGUAUGUCUAGAAAGAUGGCAAUGAAUGCUUUUAUCAAUGGAGAAUUGGAAAAUGAACUUCAAGAAAGAAAUCUGACAGAUGAAAUUACUAUAAAUAAAACACAUACAAGGGAAAUGGUUUUGAAAGACAUAGAUGAUCGUCGUGUAAAGGAGCUGUAUCAACAUGAGUGCUCAUGUUUAUGUAGAAGUAAAGGAUGUUCAAACUUGCGUGUGAUAGAUGCUUGCUGGAAGCUGAACAUGUUUCAUUGCCUCAUGGCAGUCCCACAAAAGGCAGAUGGCUACCCUUUGUUAUCUUUACCAAAUGUGUGUAUAAGAGAACCAAAACCAGGUUCAGUGUUUUGCCGGCAGCACCAUGAACUUCUUACAAAACACCACAUUCCAGUGAAGAAGGAGAAAUUUUUAAAACAUGUUGGAUGUACUGUUUCAGAUACCAAUAAGCAGGUGGAGGAAAAGCUGUUGCUUUUUGCCAACGAUCUUGUAUCUAAAGACCCAGCUGCUUGUGUUGGCUUAUCAGCUUUACAAUAUCAAGGUACAAAUGUUCUUGUGGAGAAAGGGAAUCCACUUUUCUGGAAUGGUGAUGAUGAUGUAGACAGUAAGUGUAACAAAGAUAUAGGAUUGAAGGGAAAGCUUCGUCAACGUUCAAGAGGUCAUUUUAUGUGUGUGACUGGUGGUGGUCACAUAAUGUAUUUCAAUCCUCUCUUUAAGUGA